AUAUUAAUUUUGAAAAUUUUUAUUAAUAAUAAUAAAUAACUGUUUUAAUUAGACACUUUUUUUGUUAUAAGUGCAAGAAAAAAUUAAAAAAAAAUUGCUAACAAAAUCUUUGAUAGAAUUUGUUGACGAUAAAGAAAUGUUGACGUUUCAUAUAAAACUUUUGAGAAAUAUUUAAAAAAAAAACUUUUUCAAAAUGUGUUUAGUUAAACUUAAAAAUCGCUGAUUAUAAAAACAAACUUUACAAGAUUUUAAAAGGAAUAAGCAAGUAAGAAAUCCUUGCAUUCUAUAUAACAAGAAAACUAAAUUCUUUACGUUUAAUUUAAAAUCAUAAUAAUUUAAAACUCUACAACACAAAAGAAGAAACCAAUCAAUCAACCAAACAGAUUUUCAACAGAAACCAACCCCCAGAAAAAAAUAUUGGAAAUAAAACACACACGGAUUUAUUAUAUACAACAUACAUUUAUAGAAAUUUUUGUUGAACAAAAAUUUUAUUGAAAAUUUUAAAAACUUUAAUUAACUUAAUUAAAUAUUAAAUCAGAAAUCAGAGAAAAUAUUGAAUAUUAAACUGUUGUUGUAAUUAAAACAAAUAUACACGCAGUCAAAAUGGAUGAAACUCAACAUUUUUGUCUGCGCUGGAAUAACUACCAAAGUAGCAUAACAUCAGCAUUUGAGAAUUUACGAGAUGAUGAAGAUUUCGUCGAUGUCACAUUGGCUUGCGAGGGUCGUAGCAUUAAGGCACAUCGUGUGGUAUUAUCAGCGUGCAGUCCAUAUUUUAGAGAUUUAUUAAAGAGUACACCCUGUAAACACCCAGUGAUUUUAUUACAGGAUGUAAAUUUUCAUGAUUUACAUUCAUUGGUUGAGUUUAUAUAUCAUGGUGAGGUAAAUGUCCAUCAAAAAUCCUUACAAUCAUUUCUUAAAACCGCUGAAGUUUUAAGAGUUUCCGGCCUCACACAACAACAAGCAGAAGAAACUAAUAGUCAAUUACUUCAAAUACAAAAUCUCGCCAAUAGUGGUAUACGCACACCUAUAAAUACACACCACACCUCUAUGCAGGAUGAAUCACCUAUGUAUCCGCGUAAUAUUGUUGGCUCACCACCGCCACCACCAUUUCCACCCACCCAGUUACCGUUGUAUAAACGUAACAUUGCCAUGAUCAGACGUGAACAGCAUAAUACAUCAACAUCAUCGGCUGAGGAUCCCAAUAAUGUUUUAAAACGUAUACGUAGCUCGGAUAAUGGUUUGCCACCCAGUAAUACUAAUAGUCCCGAUAUACCACAUCCACGCAGUACUUCACCACAAUUAACACCCACAGAUUUUUCCACCAUGAAACAUAAUAAUAAUAAUUCACCACCACCAAAAGAUGAGAAACGUAAUGGUUCCUCGCUUAGUGUUAGCGGCAAUAAUGGCAAUGGCUCAAAUACAAAUACCAAUGGCAAUGGAAUCUCUUCAAGUGAAAAAUUAGGCAGUCUAACACCUUCACCUUUGACACGCUCGGCGGACGAUGUUAAAUCGGAACCCAUGGAAUUAGUUUGCCCCAUUAAUAAUGAUAACGAACAUAGCAAUGAUUCGACUGCUGAACAUGAGGUACAUCGUGCCCAGAGUGCUGAUUGUGGUAAAGGUUCUUUGAGUUCGGGAAACGAUGAAGAAAUUGAAAAUACCAUGCCACCACAUCCAGCAUCGGCUCCAUUUCCAUUUUCACCAGGUGAAAAGUUAUUUCCAUCGACCCCGUUUCCACCGUUUUCAAUGAGCAACAUAGAUCCAGCAGCAUUUGCCAAUUUGAAUCCUCAAUUACAAAGUGCUGCCGAAUUAGCUGCCUCUCCCCAAGGUGGAAGCACUAACCUACUCGGUGGCGUUAUAGUACCCGGGGUCAAUCCUAAUACAAGUAGCAACCACCACCACCACCACCAUCAUUCCACUCAUGCACUACAUCAACAUGAACAUCAUAUGCACAGUCUCCAUCAACAACAACAACAGCAGCAACAACAACAACAAUUACAACAACAACAAGGCAAAGAACGUAAUUCCAAUCAACGCGAUAAUGAAUUAGAACAUGAGCGUGAAAGAGAACGCCAUGGUCAAAGAGCGACGCCCGAUCAAAAGGGUCAACAGCAACAACAACAACAACAAGGUUCCUUUCCCAAUACCCCCUCUCCCCACCAUCUUCAACCCCCACAAUCCCAACAAUCGCAAACCCCACCACCUCACCUUUCCCAUGCUCAUUCCCAAUUUGCUUUACAGCAACAUCAAUUAUCAUUGAUGCCCUCUCACCAUUUGCACUCCCAUCAUGAUCUCUCCCCCAGCAGUCAUCAUCACCAUCAUCAUUUGACUAGAGCCCCCUCUCCUUAUGAUCAUCAUCAUUUGUUACAGCACAGACGUUCCUCCUUGUCACCCUCACCCACCGGUCGUUCUUCAAACACUUCUUCGGCGGCUGGUAUUCUUGCGUCUUCUCGAGCCUCCGAACUGGGUGGUGGUAAUCGUUUGCUAUUACCCCUCCCCCUAAACGCCUGUCAUCGUUGCGAUGUUUGUGGCAAAUUGUUAAGCACCAAACUCACACUUAAACGUCACAAAGAGCAACAGCAUUUACAGCCUCUCAAUAAUGCCGUCUGCAAUUUGUGUCAUAAAGUUUUUCGCACUCUUAAUUCUCUCAACAAUCACAAGAGUAUCUAUCACAGACGACAAAAACAUCAUUCGUAUUUUCAUCAUGGCUCGGUAGGUUCCGGUGUGGGUUCCUCUGCAGGUCCCGGCAGUCGUCUUCACCAAUCUUUGAGUUCUCUACAGGCCGCUGCCGCCGCCAAUAAUUCAGCAGUGAAUCGUAAUAAUGAUAAUGCUGUAGCUGCUGCGGCUGCAGCAGCCGCCGCUGCUGCCGAGCUAUUACUUUCGCCCAUUGUAGGUGCUGGCGCUGGUAAUGCGGGACCCACCAUGCAAAUGUCCUCUCACCAACAGCAGUCUUCACCAAAUAUGGUGAAACCCUGUAUGGACUACUUAUAAGAUCAGCAUAAUUUUUUACAACAUCUCUUCAGUUUUGCCAUGAAUCCAGCCGCCACCGGUGCCGGUCCUACACAUCCGGCCCUAACAACAAAUCUUACAUCCCCAUCAUCUACGACGAAUACAAAUGAGGCUGGUCUAGUUGCCUCUCUAAACCCGCCGCCACCGCCGCUACCACCACAACCACCACCAAUAGUUGAUUUAACACAAAUAGAAAAUUACGCCAUGGGUUCGUGUGAGGAUCCCUAUAGUAGUAUGAAUUUAUUAAAUCAUUAAACAACAACAACAGUAAUAAUAUUUGUCGAAAAUAUUUUCUUGUUAGUAUCCACAUAAUAUCCCCCCAUCAUGUUCCUCUUUAUAGUUAUUUUGUUUUAUAUUAAAUUUGGCUUAAGUGGUCAAUGCACUCAGAGAAAAAAAAAACUAUGAUUGCGACAAGCAUGUACUUGUGCUUGUGGUAGUAGUUUAAAUAGUGAAUUAAUUUAAAUAUGGUUUUGACAACCAUAUAUAUGUUUGUAAUGACUGCGUGUGUCAAAUGAUAUUUAGAGAAACACAAGUCCCUUAAGAUACGUUUAAAAGAGAAAAAACUAUGAUUGCGACAAGCAUAUACUUGUGCUUGUGGUAGUAGUUUAAAUAGUGAAUUAAUUGAAAUAUGGUUGUGACAACCAUAUAUAUGUUUGUAAUGACUGCGUGUGUCAAAUGAUAUUUAGAGAAACACAAGUCCCUUAAGAAACACUUAAAAGUUUUUGGUUUCAAAAGCUUUUUUGAAGUUUUUAAGAAAGAUUGAAUAAUUUUCUAUUUGUUUUACGAAAAUCAAAAUUUUUAGACUUGUGGCAUUAAGUGUACCAUUUCAGGCGAUUUUAAUAUAUUUUUCUUACGAAUCAUCAACAAACCCUAUAUUUUUUUCUGAAACCAAAAUACUAUUUUUAAGAAAUACCAUUCAUAAACAACUGCUGCAACAUCCCUCUCUUACAAAAUCCUUUAUAAAAUUUCCUAGUUUAUUCCACCUUUUGGAUCUCAAAAAAAAAAAAAAAAAACUAAAAAACAUACAAAAAAAAAACAAAACUUACAAAGAUUUAUUUUUUAUUAAUAUUUAGGCGAAUUCAAAACUGUGAUUUUUACAAAUAUUUUUUUAAUUUCAUUUUGAAAAAGAAAAAAAAAUAAAAAAAAUAUGAUUGAAAACUCAUAAGAUGAGCAUCAUAUAUAAAUGAAAAAAACCCUAAAAAAUUUAAAAAUAAAUUAUAUUUAUUAAAAAGGGUGCGAUUGAAUAUAAGAAAACCUAUAAAUUUUAUAUAACAAAAAAUUUAAAAGAAAAAGAAAACUUAGUUAAGAAACAUUUUAGUGUAUGAAAAAAAUAAUGACUUGUGCAAUUAAACUCUUUUUCGUUGACAAUACAUUUAAUUUUAAUUUUAUAAAAAAAAAAAAAAUUAUAAAUAAUAACAAAAACACAAGAAAAUGUAUUGUAAACUUAUAUUAACUAAACUAUAAUAUUAAAUUAAAAGCAAAAAAACUAAUUACUUUUAAAGGACUUAUUGUGUAAAACUCAAAAAGAAAAAAAAAAGCAAGAGAAAAGAAAUCGUUAAGAUUUAACUGGAUUUAAAAUCAUUGUAAUAUAUUAUAUAUUUUUUAGUAACUAAGCUAGAGCAAAGUUUUAUUUCAACAAAUGUAAAUAUGUAUUUAAUACAUUUAAACAAACAAAAAAACACAUUUACACACACACACAUACACAUGCAAAAAAAUCUUAUAAACAUGAGAACCAUUAAAAAACCAACACCAACCAACCUUCCAUUAGCAAAUAGAACGUGUGGUAAACAAAUUUAAAAAAUUCCUUCAAUUAUUUAUCAUAAAUCCUUUAUUAAGGAUUACAACAUUAUCAGCAAAUAUCACUAAAAGAUAUUUGUCAUUUUACUGCAUAUAACAUAUAAAAACAUUAAACUCUUUGGGAAUUCAAAUUAAAUUUGUAACUCCCUUUAUAAUUUGUGUCGAAUUCUCAAUUCUCUCAGCAAACUCAGCAAACUUAAACGCCAAAGCAUUUAUUGCCUUACAAAUUUAUUAAGUAUAGCAAAUUUUCAAUUUAAAUAUAUAUAUAUAAUUAAUAUCACUAAAAAAUAUUUGGCAUUAUUCUUCUUAUAU